AUGGCAGAGGAGGCCCCUUUUAGACCAAGAGAGAAGCUCAUUGAGAAACAAAGAUUUUACCAGAACAUCCACAACCACACUCAUCUAAAGGGUCCAAUGGACAAAAUCACUUCAGUUGCCAUCCCUCUUGCAUUGGCUGGUUCUUGUUUGUUCCUCAUUGGACGAGGAAUCUAUAACAUGUCUCAUGGGAUCGGAAAGAAGGGAUAGUCAUUUCUUGAAGCUUAACUUG